AAACAUUCAGGCAUCGAAAACGAAACUGACGAAUGAGCAACAAUGAAGCUUGAGUGUUGUGUUGGGUGGGAAAUAGAGAAUAGAUGUGAUGGCAGAGACUUUGGCCAUGGCUGCGAGCCAGGAAGUGAAGAGAAACAAAUGAGAUGGAUGGAAGGAUUCUGGGCGCAAUGCACGGCUGUCAUGCAGAAGGGGUGUGUUAGUAUAUAUACAUACAAGGCAGCGCCUAAAACCAAUAGCUGUAAUCACCGUCUCAACAGUUCAUCAUUCCUCAAGUUCAUCGCUGCUAAAGUGCUGGUAACCCCAAAAUAUCAUCGUGUUUCCAGCGGUGAUGGACUGACAUUUGGCUUUACCAGGGGCUCGUCUUCGAAUCACUGUCAGCGUCAGUCAUAUAAUAUACUGAUACCGAGAGACCCCACCUGUGCACCUCUGAACGCUUCCAAAGGAUACCUUGCCCAUACUACUUCACGGUGUCACUCACGGAGACACAGCCAUGGCUUCCGCGUCGACAAAGGUGGCCACCACAAAUUCGAUUCUGAAACCGGUAAUGACUUUGAAGGGUCAGAGAGAUUAUAUUCGAUCCAUAUCCUACUUUCCAGAUGGCCAGCGGAUGAUCAGCGGAUCUUACGACAAGACCGCUAGGCAAUGGGACCUGAAGGCGGGCAAGGAGAUUGAGGGAGCGCGAAUUGUUUCCGAGGGGACGGUAUAUGCGGUGGCAGUAUCAAGGGAUGGUCGAUGGGUAGUCACUGGUGGUGGAAAUUGGAGGACUGAUGGGGCGGAGCUGAAAGCCGUCGAGAUUGAGACGGGGAUUGUGAAAACAUUAGAAGGACACUCACGGAGAAUCUACUGCAUUGAUAUCUCUGUGGGCAACACCCUACUGGCGAGCGGGUCAGAAGAUAAAACGGCGCGGAUAUGGAACUUGGAGACUGGCAAACCUGUGGCUGGUCCAUUCAAGAGCACUGGUUAUGUGGGCGCAGUUCGAUUCUCCCCAGACUCGAAGAAGCUCGCAGUCGAGUUAGAUUGGGGGACGUGCCUCGAGGUCUGGGAUGUCCAGUCACAGAAAUUGGAUGUGAGGAUAGGGAAUCCCAAGAAUCAUGAUGGAGGAUUCCUGUCAUCACUGGUUUUCUGGACAAACAAAAACAAAAACAUCAUAGCCGCAUUCACAUUGAAUUUCACUACAGAUAUAGAUCUGAAUGACUGCGCUAAGACAAUCUACGAGUUUGAUGGGGUUACACUGGAGACUGUCGGAGCUGCAUUUGAAGGGCACACCAGGAGGAUUCGUGGUCUAACAAUUUCAUCCGAUGGAGCUCUCCUCGCUAGUGCUUCAUACGACAACACCAUGAAGCUCUGGGCUUUCGAGUCGCGACAGCUCCUCGCAUCCUUCGACGUUCAGAAAGUCGAAGUCCUUAUGCUCUCAUCCGAUUCACGCCAACUAGUUUACACGACAAACACCAACGAUCACAAUAUCUACAUCUGUGAUACUCCACCUGACAUCCUUACUCAGGCCCGUAUUAUUGCACCCAAAAAGCACCGCCGACCACCGAUCGUACCCAUGGCGCCGAGACCUCCACCAACAAGAGACACGCAACAACCCGCUUUCAUUCGCCUUCGCGGACUCCUUCGCUUCUCUCCUCGCGCGAACGCAGUCCCUGAUCGUUACAUCCAACCUCGUGAUCCUCUAAAUGUCCCUGCUACAUUACCUCUACCAUCCCCUCUUUCAGAUCAGGUCGCAACUCGAUUUGAUCGUUUCGAAAUAAGUUCGCCUCCCCGCUCGAAUGGAGUCGUGCAAUCCCUACGGCAUCAUCUUUCUUUCCUCGUGCCCAGACACAGUCAUGGUCAAUCAGUCGUCGAAGUUGCACCAGGGCGGAAGGUCACUCGGCUCCUUGCUGCCAAACUACCGGAAUACAAGAAAAUAGACGAUACCCGACAUCCGUCUAGCCCACAGGCUACCUUGCCGCAGGAAAACGACACAGCUGACAUCGAUUCGCUCCCAGAUGUGCAUUGGGUCAAGGCGUUCCUCUGCUAUCACUCGUGUUGGUCUCAUGGCACACUGAGGAUGCCUCCUCGGUGGCGCCUGGAGCGCGUUGACAUACCUCGCCAGGAUGGUGCUCAUGGUUGUAGUUAACUUCCUGCGAUACUUGCU